AGAAUCCUUCAGUUGUCGUAGCAACAUCUCAAAAUGGCCGACAAAAUUCUAAAAUUUAGACAUUUCAGAUAUUUUCACCGAUGAUGUUAUCGUGUAUUCGGAAAUCACAAAUUUAGCCUAGACUAGGCUAGGACCAGGCUAGAUAUUAUAAAAAUAGGUCUGAAAUACUUUAGGGCCCUAAUUAAACUGUUACCAGUGAAGAAAGGUCAGGAUAUACAGUUGCACUGAUGGCAGCUGAAACUAUGUUGCGGUCUGUGAGCAGACCACCAACCCACAUCAUGGCAGUAAUGCCAGAUAAGCCAAGGGUGCCACUUGUCUCGCACACAAUUACAGAUGAAGAUAUAGGAGCUCUAGCAGGUUCCAGAGUUCUUCCAGUAAACUUGAAUAAAAGCAUAAAACUUCUAACAGAUCCACACUCGGCAACACUGUAUGACAGACAUCUUAAUGUGUUAAAGAAGAUCACCAGACACUAUCAAAAGGGAUUUCUUAUGAAAGACUUGGUACAGGUAUGCAAGAUCCUCAAUGUCUGUGCAGAUAGGAUAGAAGAGCAGUCAUUAUACAUAGAGCCCAUGUGUGAUAUUCUCAAAAUUUGCAGUCUGCCUUAUCUGAAAGAACGAACAUCUGAUGAAACUACAUUUGAACAAAUCGCCAUAGAAUCCGUCUCUCAAUUAGGGUAUCUAAUGAGAGUGCCAAGUCCAGAAGUUAGAAAACAAAUAUGUAAAACACUCAUCAGUUUUUAUACAGAAAAACCUCCACAGCAGCAUGUACAAAGACACAAGGCAUCAACAUUAAAUUAUAAUAAAAAGAUAGUAGAAAAAAGUGAUGUAUCAGAAACACUUGUAAAGUCACUUGCACUUUUAGAAACAGACUUAAAGGUACGGUUAGCUGUACUAAAUGUUCUGCAGAAGUUCUCUAAAAAAUCAGCAUUAUGCUGUGACCAGAUGCUGUCAGCUGAUGCUGCCCACAAGAUUUGUACUCGCCUCAAUGAUGUAGACAAAAGUGGUCAGCUUAUGUUCCUCUCUGUGGACAUACUUUGGAAUCUCUUGGAGAAUGGCGACCAGGCUGAACUAGCUGCACAACUCAAUAAUUUCACAUGUGUUGGACAAUUAAGGGAUGCUUUCAUUCAACAAUUGACACAGGGAUACAGCCAUUAUGAUCGCCAGCUCCGCAAUGAUCUUCUGGUGAUUGCAUCUCUGAUCGCAUCAUACUGCCCCGAGGCACCAUUCUUAGAAACUGGCUAUGUGAAACAGUUAGCCCUGUUUGCAACAUUCCAAGAAGUGAAAAGUCAUAAUGCAAUAGUAAGAUAUUUAAAGCUGGGUACAAACCAUGAGGAUUUUGAACUAAAGAAGCUUCUCAUCAAUGCACUGGUGAUCCUCAGUAAAGAACCUGCAGUCAUUCCAGUCUUGUCAGAAGGCCAUGUUCUUCUUGCGUUAUUCUCAUAUGUCCGAGCCAAUGAAAACAUCUCUGCCCCUCGGGAAUGGACACCCGCUCAGUUUGAGGAGAUUCAGCUCCAUGCAAUGAGUGCUCUGUGUACACUAGCUCCUGUAAUGGUGGAGGAUUUUGUGACAUGUCAAGGUAGCACAAGAUUGCUGCUCUUGCUGGAGUGGUGUGUCGGAAGAGAGGAUUAUGGUGGUCAUGGCAACAGUUUCCAUGGGGCUGGUGGUCGUGGCAACAAAAGAGCUCAGAUGCGGAGGUGUCUCCAACUGCUACGUAGCAUGAUAUCUACUGGACAUGAGGGUAUCUCAGAGGAACUAGUGGACCAGGGUGCCAUCAAUCAAAUAACAACAAUCCUGGACAAUGUGAGUCACUCAAGUGAGGAUGAUGAUGCUAUUGAUGUUGAGAUGCAGUGUGACAUGUUGUUUCUUCUCUCCUCCCUGACAGAAUUUGAUAUGCACAGGAAGGAGCUAUUUGGAGUGCAGGGUGUAGAUGUAUGUAUUGAGUACCUCAAGAUGAACCCUAAGAAGAUCAGCAGUGGACUAGGACAUCACAAACUCAUGCUAGCUACAGUGGAUUGCAUAUGGUGUUCCAUUGUGGGCUGCUACCUCACUGAAGAUGCAUUCUUAGAAAAGGAAGGAGUGUUUCUGCUCAUUGACCUCUUGGAGUCAUGUCCGAAAAAUAUGCACAACUUGAUAAUCGGUUGCUUACUGGACCUGGCAGAGAAUCCAAAGACAGUUCCACAUAUCAUAAGUUGGCGAGGGAAGGAGGACAUCUCAGCCGCCCAUCUCUUCUGUGAUAUUUGGAGACAUGAGGAAGAAGACAUUGGAGUUGAACGUGAGGAGUCCGGAGCCAUUGCAGACACCACCAAGCCAUUAGUGGGAGCUCUCCAGAAAGACCAAGGUGUGAUACCUUUACCUGCCAACUGCCCCAGUCAGGCCAUAGUGGAUGUCUCAGAGAACAUGAGGGCAAAAAUAUAUGCUAUUUUCUGUAAAAUUGGUUUUGUUGACUUGCCUGGUCUCACAACAGAAGAUCAUGUGACACUAACAAUUGUUGAAAGAUACCUUGAUUUCAAGGUUGGUGAAGUUUGGUCUGAAGUCAUCCAAGAGCUUGAAGUUGAGAAUAUCCGCCCAGUUACACCAGAUCGUGAGGCUCUGGAGACCAUCACACGAGUGGUGGAUGAGGAUGCCAUAGCUGUGUCUCUCACACAGAAGCAGCUGCUGCAUGCUAAGGGGCAGCAAGAUCUGCUGGAUGAACAGGAGUUCUACGCUGAGAUCAGGGAAAAUCAUCGCCAAAAGGAGAAGGCUCUGAACGAUUUUGCUGAUUAUGUUGCAAGAACAUCUAACUACUCACUUCUCCGAGCUGCCAAAGAACGUCAAGAUUUGUCUGUUGACGCAUCCCGGGUACAGACAGAAUACAAAAAUACAGAGACAUAUCACGAUAUGGCAAUGGAGAGUCUCCAAACAACAACAUUCAGUGGCCGUAUGGUGAAUAUUGACAGCACCCCAGCUGAGAUUACUGGAGGACCUCUAGCCAACCAUAACUGUGAAAGGGGUCUCCUAAUUCACAAUGUAAAAAUGUACAAAGACCAGAGAUGUAUAUAGAGAAAUGAGAAAUAAUUUUAAUAUUUAAAGUGAGACUAUGGAGUAUGUAUAAAUGCACCGACAUUGUAGCUGAGAAUUGAACUUCAAUAAUGUUACACAGUGUAUACUAAAAGUCAAAUAAGUUGUAUAUUGUAAAUUCGUAACUUCUGUAUAUGAAACAAUUACUACAUGUGGAUGUGGAACACAUACAGAAUGAAAUAUACUAAACCAGUACAAGCUGAAUCUAAGUUCUCCAGCAGAUUUAUUAUGCAUGUGAUUUGCAUGCCAAAUUUGGAUCCUAUCACAUAUUAUUCCUGUAUAACGUUUAACUUAUGAACCGUUUGAUUACGUCAUCAUUUAUUGUGCAAAUCUCUACGUCCAUAUAAUAAGUGUGAUAUUCUUUCGUAUAGACGUUUUAUAAAA